GGAGAGCUAGAAGUUCACAAAAAAAGUAGUACAAGAAGCUUUGGAACAAAGAAGAAAACUAAACAAGAUCAAGAAGACUUUAGAAAAUUUAUCUUAAAUGAAGAAGAAACCUCAAAUAGUACAGA